CAGAUGUCUACUGCUAGGCUGAUAGUCCUAGUUGCUACGUGCAUGCACACAAGACCUAUGUCUCCACGCUUCCUGGGCCGCAUAGAACAAAGUAUAUGCUGCACGGAUGCUGUGCCGACGAUCCAGAAGCAGUGGACGAGCUAACGCUAACGCCCGGCGUGGAGGAUUGCAUGACUUCGCGAAUCAGCUACACGACAACCACGACACGUGGAAGCCGGCUGGAUGCAACGGACUGGACAUGGCAUGUCAUCCAGCACACACUAACCCCCCCUGCGCAGGAGGAUGAGUGGCCAGAACUUGUCGUUAAACGCGAAUGUAACGCUGGCGGCAUGCAUGGCGUCGUCUGCAUUGCCGCAAUCCGCCACACGCCCCCGGCACAUCGAUGCUUGUUCGAUGAAACCUUCGAGAAAGUGCAGCCUCUCCCAUCAUUUCGGGGAAUGCAAUCAGGGUUCCGCCCGAGCAUACGCAGAAGAAGCAUGCGACUUCCCGGCUCGCGGGAGAGGCAUGCACGUGGGAUAAGCGACAGAUGCAAGCUAGCAUGCAUGCUCCUUCCCUAACGAGAAAUUGCGGCGGCCACAUGGUUUGCGCGUGCUCGUCGCCUACGCCCAUGUCAGACGGGGUCUGUUGUUUCACUGUGCGCAAAACCCGGGCACGAGGCCGCGGGCUCGCCAGCAUUCAUUCAAACCCACACUUGUCGAACAAGCAUGAACACCACCAUCAAACUCGUCG